AUUUCACACUAUUGGCCAAUUCUGUAUUCUAUAAUUAAAAUUCCAAUUCCAAUUACAAAAAAAAUACACUUUAUCAAUUUCGGGUUCAACCAUGUCCAGACAUAGAGCAGUUAGAAACCUUGACCUUGAAGAAGAGUUUUACGACGAGGAGGACGGUGCCGCUUACGACGAGCUGCAGGAUUUGACCGAUGAGGAACAGAUCAAGUUGCAAAAGGGACUAAAGGCGGUGAAGGACACUCUCGGGCCGAAUACAGGAAUUGAAGACCAGGAUAUUAAGGAGUCGCUGUGGUACUAUUAUUUUGACGAAGCGGCGACCAUCGCAUGGCUGAGAACGCUACUGCUUAAUGCGCGCCAUCGCCCCGGAAAUCACCCAGCACAGAAACGACAGAAGCCGCAAACCAGCAUAACAAAAUCACUGACACCGCCAACACUAUCCGGACUUGCUGGACUGGCAAAGAAUAAGCCCGCGGGCCUGGGAUCUCUGUCAUCCUUGUCAUCAACGGGCUCUUCACUGAGGUCGCUGGCAUCUGUUUCCUCUGGAAGCAACGGGCUAAGCAAGCUAUCUCUUGGUUCGCUGAGCAGCAUCCGCACAUCAUCACCCUCGGCGACAGCCGAAUCGACAACAGCAAACCCGCCGUCUGUGGUUGGCAAAGCACUGGCUGCGCUGAAGACGCGCCCAAUCCAACCCGCCAGUUUAGGAAAGCUUAGCAUCGGUGGGAUUCAGGGGCUCUCGCUUUCUCAAUUGGCAUCUAGGCCCGGGCUUCAGGCGAGGCAGCCGACGUCCAACCCGGUGCUAAAGAACUUUGCCGGACGGCAACUGCCAGCGCUCAAAAGCGUGGCCUUGCCGGCUGCCAGGGCGGGCACACAAGACUUGGCUGCGGAUUCACCGGUUGCGAGCGCACAACCAUCCUUGCUAGCUAAUUUUAUUCUCAAUGGCGUUGCGCCAAACAGCAGCAACAGCGAAGCUUGUGAGUCGACUACAGCGGCGGCGGCAGCGUCACAGGCAUCUUUGGCCGUUGUCGAUGGGCUCAAGCGCGAGAUACAAGAACUGCUCGACCAGAUUCCUCAAAGUAGCAGCAAUUCGUCCAAAAAUUUGCAACUGUCUAAGCAUCAAAUCACUGCUGGCCACCCGUCACUCAUUCGUAUGCUUGUGGAUAAGUCGACGGGCACUGCCCUGAUGACCGGGUUCUCGCAGCUCAAAGCAGGGCUGUGGGAGCCAGCUCCAAAGCCUGCCAAAUCAAGCGCUGCCAAGAAUGCCACUGCAUCCCCUUCCUCCUCAAAACCCGCAGCAUCAGCGGCUGUAUCCGUAUCCAAGGAGAUUGGCCAGCUGAAAAUUGGGGACACUAGCCGGCCGCAUUCGCAGCAGAGCAACGUCGAAACUCAUGUGUCCGCCACCACCCCCACGGACGAGUCCUCAGCGCCGCCGCAGCAGGUCAAAUCAAAGAAGUGCAUCGAUGUGAUUGCCGCGUACUCCAAGGAGCAAAAAAACCGUGAAACUUUGAAUCUAGUCGUCGUGGGACACGUCGAUGCGGGCAAGAGCACGCUUAUGGGCCAUUUGUUGUAUGCCAUGGGCCAAGUGAACGAGCGCGCAAUGCGGAAGUUUGAACGCGACUCUGAGAAGAUAGGCAAGGGGUCGUUUGCCUACGCCUGGGUGCUUGACGAGACCGAAGAGGAGAGAUCGCGCGGCGUAACGAUGGACAUUGCGACUAGCUCAUUUUCGACAAAGAAUCGCAAGUUCACUUUGCUUGAUGCGCCCGGACACAGGGACUUUGUACCCAAUAUGAUCUCUGGUGCCAGUCGCGCAGAUGUGGCUAUUCUGGUCGUCGACGCGUCGAUGGGCGAGUUUGAGUCCGGGUUUGACGGCAACGGUCAGACACGCGAGCAUGCCAUUCUCAUCCGCUCGCUGGGUGUGCGGCAGCUGGUGGUGGCGGUCAACAAGCUGGAUGUCGUUGGAUGGAGCCAAGAGCGAUACGAUGAGAUUUCGGGCAGACUGCUUGACUUUUUGACUGGCUGUGGGUACCUGAAGGAGGAUGUGCGCUUUGCACCCGUCAGUGGGCUCAAGGGUGUCAACCUUGUGCGCCGAAUCGACGCGGCUAAUGGCGAGGCGGCUCCCAGUGAACUAACAUCUUGGUAUACGGCAGCAGCAGCGGGGGACAGCAAUGUGAUUCCUGGAGCGGGUCCGUGCCUGGUGGACCUGAUUGACACGUUCACCAUGCCGGAGCGACCUGUGAGCAAGCCUUUCAGACUCGCAGUGACGGAUUUCUUCAAGGGCGGGUCCUUCAGCAGUGGCAACAGCGUGAGCGUCAGCGGCCGCAUAGCGCAGGGCCAUGUUCAGAUUGGAGAGCAGAUUACACUGGUUCCUAGCGGAUCCACUGGAGUGGUAAAAUCCAUUGAUGUGGACUACGAGGCCGAAGAGUGGGCGGUAGCUGGUGACUCUGUGGUCCUGAUGAUCCAGGACAUUGACAUUCAGCAAUUCUCUAUUGGGUCUGUUGUCUGCGCCUCAGCACUCACAUCCAAGCCUAUCCAGGCUGUGACACGGCUAGAGGCGCAGCUGGUGGUGUUUGAUCCACAGGUGCCAAUUACCAAUGGGUUCCCGGGACUAAUGCAUAUCCAAAGCUUGAACGUGCCAGCGGUCAUCCACAAGAUCAUCGAGACGUUUGACCAGCGCACAGGCGAGGUUGUCAAGAAGCGGCCAAGGCAUAUUAGGAAGGGAGCGACAGCGCGGGUUGAAAUCAGAACUGAGACUCCAGUGUGUUUGGAACUUUUCAAGGACUCGAAGGAUUUGGGCCGUGUUAUGCUGCGCAAGAACGGCGAGACCAUUGCGGCGGGAAUAGUGACUGCUCUUUAUUCGCAGUGA